GGUCCGCCAAAAACGGGUACUGAUUUUCCACGGCCGUCGACCAAUCCAAACGUGGCCGAGGCGGUGCUCGGGAGGACGCCCAUCUCGACCAUCGACGGCGGCGGUCGUCGUCGCCGUUAGCCGUCCGCCACUCGCAGUCCGUCGCGCGCAUCGUAUCCAACCGCAUCGCCGUAUCGUUAUUAAAUAUUUUCGCUAUCACUACUAUUAUCACUAUCAUCAACAUCAUCAUCGUUACGAACCGCUUUCCGACGUCGAAAUAUAUACGCGACCAACGAUUUACAUACCGUUUUUAAUGGAGUUCUCGCACGUCAGCCGUACGGUAAGAUUAUCGUGGUGACGUGGUUUUUUCAUCGAAAUGCAUUUCAGUCGACGUCGCGCCUAACACACGUCGUGGAAGUUCAUAACGCGAUUCGUUCCGUUCACCGAUACCGGCACCGCGCAGGUAUAAGCAGUAUUCGCGCACGCGUGCAAACCAGUUCUGUAUACCGCUGCGGCUACGAAAUGGUCGACGAAACCAAGUGCAGCUCGGUCGAGGACGGUACCACCACGGACGAGGAUCGCGACGUGCGUGUGGAUUCCGGCGGUUCGGACGAGGAGCUGUGCAUGGACGAAGAGGACGAGGACGACGUAUCGCCCACCUCGGCGGCCGCGCCCGGCACCCUGACGUUCGGCAUCUCCCGUCUGCUGGGCGGUGGCGGCGUCGGCGGAGAAACGUCCAAGCGUUCCGUGUCCAACGGCAUGGCCGCGGCCGCCGUCUCGGGGCCCGCCGAGGCGCUUGCGUCGUUGUACGCGGCCGGCCACCACGCGGCCGUGUUCGGGCUACACCAUCAUCUGCACCAGCAGCACCAGCACAUGGCGGCCGCGGCAGCGGCGCACCAGGCCGCCGCCAAGCCGACGGACGACAAACCGUCGUCGUAUCUGCAGUACACGGGCGCCGCGGGCGUCAUCAAAGUGCCCGCGCACAGGCCGCACCCGUCCGGCGGCGCGCCCGGCCAGAUGCCGUCCCCGUGGGCCGCAGCCGCCAUGGACCCCGUGUCGUUUAUGCAGCGCAAUGCUUUUCUGUUCGCCGCCGACAAGAAUCGACUGGCAGCCGGCUGUGCCGGCGGACUUCUUGGUACUCGGCGCAUCGGACAUCCGUACCAGAACCGGACACCUCCCAAGAGGAAAAAGCCCCGAACGUCGUUUACACGCAGUCAAAUAUCACAGCUCGAGGAGAAAUUCAACAAACACAGAUAUCUGUCUUCCGUGGACCGAGCGGCUCUGGCAAAAGCACUCAAGAUGACCGAUGCGCAGGUCAAGACGUGGUUUCAAAAUAGACGAACCAAAUGGAGACGUCACAUGAUGGAAGAACGAGAAGCUCAAAGGCAGAUGGCCACGAAAAUGAUGCAGUCCAUGAUGGACGAAAGGGACGGUGGCGUGCGACUGGGCGCGCUGCAGGGUCUACAGCCCUGGUCGCCUGCCACCAUGUCGCCCGGUGGUAGUGGUCCCGGUGGCGUGGGCGCGUCCGUCGUUGCCCCACAACCGCCGCCCGGACACUUUUCUCUGUCGCAGCCGACGGUCGCUUCUCCUAUGUGUUAGUCCCUGCACGAACCCACACGCACGCGCACGCACGCGCACACAGCUGCCAGAGAAACGAGUGUUUUCAGCUUAUUAUAAUAAUUGUAUUACAUCUUUCCUCGAUGCGUUAGAAAAUGUAUUUAAUACGAGGAAGAAAAAACAUAUCACGAAAAACAUACGUGUGAUACAGUAAUUUAGUCGUUUUAUCAUUGUGUACAGAGAUCAGUAUUUUUAUUGCGUACAAUAUGUGCUCGUGUGUGUACGUGUGUACGUAUAAGAAGUGUUCGCAAGCGAAUGUGUGUACGAAUACGUGCGUGAAUGAACGUAACAUUUUACUAUGAUUUCACGAAAUAUAACUAUGAUAAAUGCAUAUCACUAUAUCGUACUAGUAAUAAUCAUGUUAAAUACAUUCGCCUGUACCGAGUGAUAUUUUUUCAUUACGCUUCAUCGCAGAUUAUUGAUCAGUGUCGUAUGCAAAGUGUGAUAAAUGUAAAAUAAAAAUUACCCCUUAAUGUGGUACGCUGUUACGACGUGAUGAAAUCGUACACCGCAAUGGACUGUAGUUCGUUCAUAUUAUAAACGGUGCAAAAACACAGAUAGUCUCAUUAAAAUUAUAAUAUAUUUGACCGAACGGGUCGAUUAUUUGUUGUUGAACGCGAAUUCUUAUUAUUAUUAUUGUUUUAUGUGUAUUAUUUAGUCAUCAUUUCAAGAUUUCUUAAUUGACUUCUUUCGUACACACCACCCCUCGUCCUAUUUAUAUUUUAAAAUGUAUGUUAUUGACAUUUUUAUCGUUAUAACAUAAUUUAUAUCCAACGUAAUUUCACACACACAUACACACACGCACACCCUAAUAUAUGUAAAGAGUAGAAGUAUAGAAGUUCAUAGGUACGUUUGAUGUGUAUUAUGUAUAAUAAAAUAUUUAUUAUUUUGUACAGAAUAUGGUGUACAUAUAGUUAUAAAAUAAGUAA